AUGAUGGAAUGGGCUUCUCAAAUGAAGAUCAAGAUACUACACUCGACCCCAUACUACGCACAAGCCAACAGACAGGCCGAGGCAACUACUAAGGCCAUCAAACUCAUUGUUCAAAAAAUGAUAGAGGAUAACCCAAGACAAUGGCACGUGUUCCUAUCAGAUGCUGUUUGGGCGAAUAGAACACGUCAAAAGUCUGCCACAUGGACUUCUCCUUUUAGGAUGUAUCAUAGUAAAUUGUCUAAAGACGACUAUUUCGAGAAGAUGGUGAUAGAAUCCCUUGAUUUGGAUGAAGAAAGAUUGACGGCGUUAGACCAUCUUGAGGCUCAGAAAAGAAGGGUCGAGCGAGCAUACAAUAAUCGAGUAAAAUCAAAGUCGUUUGUCGUGGGUGAUUUGGUGUGGAAGGAGAUCUUACCUAUUGGUCACAAAGAUAGGCGAUCUGGAAAAUGGAGUCCGAAUUGGGAGGGACCAUUUAUCGUGACCACUAAGCUAGCUAAUGGUGCUUAUGUUUUGCAAAUAUUGAUGGGGAAGAACAUGAAAGGGCGAUUAACGGUCAGUUCUUACAGAAAUAUAUGUAAUUCUAUAGAUACAUGUUGUGUUUUCGGCCAUAUUUUGUUACAGUUGAGUUUUUUCAACGGGUCCUCCGUUUUUCUCAACUUAUUAAUGUAA